ACCACCUGUAGCCUGAUGACACAUUUCUCUGUAACUGAAACCUUCAUUUAACGCACAACUGCGCGAGUCGCAGCACACACACCAGCCAUCAUGAACAUCCCGAGAAAACCGGGCAGCUUCCCCGCAACAAACCCUGACCAACCCAAAGCCAAAACUCAAACAAAAGCAAAUGGAAAUGAGAAGAGUAAACAGCAGAAGACUGACAGGGAGGAUAAGUCUCUGGAGCCCGCAGAGGCCAAGCUGCCAAAACUGGGAAGCAGAAAGCAACAGAGUAAAAAGGAGAAAGAUCCUCAUGACUUUGCAAGUGAAGACAAACCUCAUGACAAAUCAACACCAAAACGGGAUAAUCGACAGAGUAAGAAGCAGAGAGAUCUCAGACAGUCUUCGGAGAACUCCGAGAGUAAGCACGAAGAAAACGGCGCUUCUGUUCAUAAAAACGCAAACCAUGCUGGCAAGAAUGAGAAACAAGACAGUGCACAGAGAAAGAAUCAGAGUAAAUCCGAUGAAAAACCAGCACCAAAAUGUCAGAGAAAAAAAGAUCUUUUAAAUAUUGACAAAGAAGAAUCUCUAGAGAGCUCUGAAAGCAAAUUGGAUGCAAAAUCCGACGCAAACCCUAGAAGGCGGCAUGAAUCCGCUAUUAAAACUGAUUUUUCUCAGGACGCUUCUCCAGCGGUUAGUGCGCACAGCCCGGAUCGCCAAAAGAAAAGCGCAGAACAAACCACAAAGAGAGUCGACGACACACUGGGAAAGAUUCUUAAGGCAACUAUUGACAAAUUAAAGAUCAAGAAGAACGAGCGGUCCAAUGCGUCCAGUUGUAUUAAUGACAUAACAGAUAAAGUCAUUGCAUUCCUGAAACGAAACACGACCUGGUGUGAAGAGAUCGAGAGGUUACGAACUGGAAGUUAUUAUGAAAACGUUAAAAUUUGUGAACCAGAUGAAUUUGAUGUGAUGCUGACUAUUCCUGUGGAGCGAGUGGACAUUCGGGAGUUUGAUGAGGCCGGAGCAUUUUACAGUAUUGCACUAAAACGACAUCCGACAAGACAUCCUCUGGACAGAUUUCUAAACGAAAACAAGACCAUUCAGGCCAGCGAAAUGCUGAGUGAAUUCAGAGACGCCGUCAAGAAGGCUGUGGAGAAACUUCCAUACCAAAUUGAGAUACAGCGAAAAAAGCCUAAAUGCCCUGCAGUGACACUGGAAGUAAAAAUGGGAGAAAACGGAAAGACUAUUUCUGUAGACUUUGUUCUUGGUCUCAAGGUUCAUCGUGCAAGCUGGCCAGACUUUACAAAAGAUGGCUUCAAAAUAGAAAACUGGCUUGGUAAAAAGGAGAAAGCUAAUAUGAAGCAUCAACCAUUCUACCUGGUGCCUAAAUAUGAGGGAAAGGGAAACUCGGAGCAUGAUGGAGUUGUUGCAAAAGAUGCCUGGCGAAUUUCUUUUUCGCACGUCGAAAAACUAAUUCUGAAUAAACAUGGCCACUCCAAGACAUGCUGUGAAGAGGUUGGCCAGAAAUGUUGCCGGAAGGACUGCCUAAAGCUCCUGAAGUAUCUUCUUCAACAGCUCAAAGAGGUUGACUCCAAAUCCAAUAAGAUGUCCAGCUUCUGCUCCUAUCAUGCAAAGACCACCCUUCUUCAUGCUUGUGCCACAAGGGGAACUGACAAUGAGUGGGCAUACAGUCAGCUGGCCAACUGCUUCAAGCAGCUUUUGGAAGAAUUUGUGAAACAUCUAAGAAUUCGUCAUCUCCCUAACUUUUUCGUUCCAUCCCAUAAUCUCUUACAUCAAACCUCUCAGAGUAGCUGUGAUUUCCUGGCAAAUGCAAUUGAAUUUCAGUGCAAUAACAACUUUCCAAUAUUCAGUUAAUUUUGAUUUUCAGUAUAUUGUAUUUAUGCAUGUUUUGUUCUUUCAUCUUGACAGUCCAAUGUUGCUUAAUACAU